CUCUUUUCAUUUUCAUCAUACCCAAUCGUCCACUCGUUAACGGAAUCUUUUGAUGUGCGAGCGGGUGUAACUUUCCAUGUCCGAUGAUGAUGGCAUACGGCAGGCAAUUUUGCAACGAACGCUCCAAGAGGUAGCACAAGAGGAAAGCGAGAAUGAGGCAAAUCCGUGCGUCAUCUGCCUCGAACCGGUCUCCGAAACCGCCAUUGCGGUGCCCUGCAAGCAUGCGAACUUCGACUUUCUGUGUCUGGUGAGCUGGCUGGAGCAGCGUCGGAACUGCCCGCUCUGCAAGAGCGACGUCUCCGCAGUCAGAUACAACCUCGACAGCCCCCAAGGGACUAAGAUCUAUCACCUCCCACCUGCCCCGCCAGUGCACACCAAUGCAUCCUCAUCCCAUCCACCCGCACCACCCAUCCACCAUCAUCCAUCCCGUCGCCCGCGCCGCGCUCGAAGCCCCACGAAUCGACCACCGCUCCAAGCCCAACCGAGCGACGACCCCCUCCGCCGACGCCAACACAUCUACCGCCACCAACUCUACUCCCUGCGCGUCGGCUCUAACCGUCUCUCCCAAUACCGCGAGCUCACGCCCGACCGCUUCAACCGCGAAGAGGAGCUUGUCUCGCGCGCGCGCAAAUGGAUCCGGCGCGAACUCAAAGUAUUCGCCUUUCUCAACCCCUCGUCCGAGCUCUCCGCCCGACAGCAGUCCGCACCCCCACGGGCGGGUCAACAACGACUGGAGAACCGCCGCGGCAAUAAUGCCGAGUUCCUUCUCGAGUACAUCAUCGCGAUACUCCGCACGGUCGAUAUCAAGGGCAGCGCGGGUCAGGCGGAGGAACUUCUCCGGGAUUUCUUAGGAAGGGAGAAUGCGCGGUUGUUUCUGCAUGAGCUGCAGGCUUGGCUGCGGAGUCCGUAUACCUCGCUGGAGGAUUGGGAUCGGCAUGUGCAGUAUGAGGAUGUGUCGCGACGGGAGGGAGCUUCGUCUGCGCAGGCGCGGGCUGAGGGCUCCUCGGCGUCGCCGCCGGUUUAUCGGGGUGGGACUUCACAUCAUUACCGGGGAGGUGGGAGAGGAAGAGGAAGAGGGAGGGGGCGAGUGGCGAAGCCGGCGCAUUCACGGAGGCAGCCGUAUCAGCGCGAAAGCCAGGAGGAACAAGCCAAGAGGGUACAGUACGCUCGGGAGCGUUAUAUACCAGACUAA